CCAAAAACAUCCCAAAUAAAUCAUUUGAUGCGAUAAUUCCACUGCAUUCAGUGCACGAUAGUAAUAAAACGUUACGUUUUCGUUUAGUGGACGUUUUCUAGUAUUUAAUAACACCGCUGGCGGGUAAACUGGUAGUGUCUACAAGAAAUCCGAACAGAAGCUGAAUGUUCAAUGUAUAGUAAAGAAGGGAGGUCAUGAAACUGCCAGGCGUGGUCGUGGGCUGGUCUUGCCUGCUAUAAAACGUCAAAAACGAGGGGAUGCGGAGGUCUAAGAAAACACACAGCCAAAACAAACCCAUUCGUAGUGGAAAGGGAGACUAAGCAUCGAUUGCGUUGUUUGGACACAUUGCGUUGCAGUGUUACGUUGUGACUACGCGUAAAAAGGACAAAGACGAGAUGUUGUGAGCCAUAUCGCCAGCUUCCGUGUUGCCUAUCCUUUCUUUUUUGCUCUCUUUUCCUUGUAUCUUUCCUCUCUCUUUCACACUGGGAAAAAGAUGAUGAAUACCUCCCCCACCCCUAAAGGGACGCCCGUGCAGCACAGUCCCGUGGACGGCGAGUGUUUGGAGAUGGAAAUGCUCCAGUCUCCCCAGCAGUCGACGCCGUCCAGCGGCCUCAAGAAACGUGUUUCCAGUCUCUUGCAAAGUCCUUCCUUCAGAGAGGAGCUGGAUGUGUUGAUUCAGGAGCAGAUGAAGAAGGAAGGCAGUUCUUCCAGUCUGUGGGCUCUUCGACAGAUCGCUGACUACAUGGCUACUCACGGAUCGCCCGUCGCUCUGCCUGUCACCCAAUCCACCGUUACCAUGGUGACCCCCAUUAAUGAUCUGCACGGAUGGGAGUCGAGCUCCAUGGUGAAGGGCGAGAGACUGAUGCGCUGUAAGCUAGCUAGUGUGCAUCGCCUGCUGGAUCUAUACGGCUGGGCCCAGAUUGCCAACACAUGUCUCACAAUACGCGUUAGUAAAGAGCAGGAGCAUUUCCUGGUGCUGCCGGGCGGUCUGGCCUUCGGGGAGGUGACUGCCUCCAGUCUGGUAAAGGUGAAUAUUCUUGGCGAGGUGGUCGAGAGAGGCAGCACAACACUAGGUGUGGAUGUGUCUGCGUUCAGCCUGCAUUCUGCGAUCUACUCUGCAAGACCAGACGUCCGAUGUCUGGUGCAUCUUCACACUCCGGCCAACGCUGCAGUAUCAGCCAUGAAGUGUGGCCUCCUACCACUAUCCCAUGAGGCCUUGCUGGUGGGUGACGUUGCUUAUUAUGACUAUAAUGGUGUAAUGGAGGAAGAAGAAGACCGAGUUGAUCUUCAGAAGAGCCUGGGGCCUACAUGCAAGGUAUUGGUUUUAAGGAACCAUGGUAUUGUGGCUCUGGGAGAAACUGUGGAAGAGGCCUUUUACACAAUUUACCACAUUCAGAACGCCUGUCAAAUACAGGUGGCAGCACUGUGCAGCGCCGGAGGGGAGCAAAACCUCAUCAUGCUGGACCGCAGCAUUCACCGGCCCUCUGCUACUGGCACUGUGGGCUGGGCCGGAUCCACCUUCGGCCCGAUGCACAAAAGCAGGCUGGGAGAACAUGAGUUUGAAGCAUUAAUGAGGACGUUGGACAAUCUGGGUUACCGUACCGGAUAUGCCUACCGUUUCCCAGUUCUGCUGGAACGCUCUAAAACCAGAAGCGAGGUGGAGGUUCCUGCUACAGUUACGUCAUUUUCCUUCCACGAAGAUGGUGUUCAUCCACACCCCCGUUUCCAGCCCCACGCGCAGAGACAACAGCAGAAGACUAGAUGGCUCAACACCCCAAAUACCUAUCAGAAAGUCAAUCAGGACCAGGCCAGCCCAGGACAUCGGACUACGUGGUUAAAGGCAGAAGAAAUGACCCAGGGAAGUGGAAAAGGAAUUAAGAUAGAAAAUCCUAACCAGUUUGUCCCACUAUUCACUAACCCAAAAGAGGUGCUGGAGACUAGAAAUAAGAUAAGGGAACAGAAUCGUCAGGACAUGAAAACAGCCGGACCACAGUCUCAGGUGUUAGCCAGUGUCAUAACAGACAACAGUCCACCGUCUCCAGAGCAAGUGGAGCCCAAACCCCAAGCCACAACGGAACCAGAGCCUCCGAAUCCUUUCAACGAGCUGACGGAUCAGGAGCUGGAGGAGUACCGUAAGGAGGUGCAGCGCAAACAACACGGAGAGGACGGUGAGGAGGUGGUGAAUGAUACGGGGACUCCCCCGACUACCUCCCCCAAUAAGACCCCAGCAUCAGAUGGACAAACCACCGAUGUUGUGCAGGACGAUGAAGGUGACGAGAAGAAACUGGAGGAGCUAGAAAAAGAAAUGAAGGCCCUGACGACCACUGACACUUCAGAAACCACACCCUUGACACCGCCCACUGCUCCGCCCAACAAACCUGUGGGCAACACCCCAGAGGGCUCGCCUUCCAAAUCCCCCUCAAAGAAAAAGAAGAAAUUCAAGGCCCCUUGUUUCCUAAAGAAAAACAAGAAACAGAAAGAGAAAGUAGAAACUUGAUGAUGAGAAGUGUUCUUCACUAACAGUUUCACACACAUGCUCAAAAACAAACAGCACUCGUGUGUUUGUAGACUUUCCUCGCAACACACUGACUCACAAACACACUUUCUCAUCUAUUCAUUGUGUAUUCACUAACAUACCACACAAGUUUUUGAUUAUGGGUUAUGACUUGAAACCUGUUCUUGCUUUACUCUCUGUCCACACUGAUGCAAAAUUCACAAUGCUUCAUUGAUACAUGAAGUACACAACCUGCUCUUGUGACCCCACCCUUGCUUUAAAAUGAAAUUGCACUUAGUACAUGCAUAGAAAAAAAGAAUGUGGUAUUGAGUAAACAUUGAUUGUUCAUGUCUAUCGAUUCUGAUUGUUGCUCAGUCAUCAUCAUCAAGGUGUUUAUAUAAUUACAUGUGACAUAACUGUGUUCUGAGUUGACUAAAAUCUGACAAAAGGCCAAAAUAAGCAAGAUGCAAAGCUGCAAAGAGCAUCCAACUUUAAAUGCACAUAUUUAUUUCAUUUCCAUGUAUUUUUGUUUUAUGAUGAUAUUUAUUUUUUAUGUAUGCUGGAAACUUCUUUGCAGUUUAGGCCUAAUUAUUUUUAUGACCAGUCUGUUAUUUAAAUGCUUUGGUGUGUAUAUUCGCUGGUUUAUAAACUUGAUUCCAUGUCAAUAUUAGAAUGUAAAAUGCUAGGAUCGGAUGUAACAUUCAUUAAAGAUCACAUCCAUGUAAA